AUGGUCCAAAAAGUCGUCCCAGUGCCUGUCCUAGAAGCGGCAGAAGACACAACGACACCCGCGGCUACGAGCUUUGAGGAAACCAAAGAACGUUGGAAUGGAACCCGCAUCAACACUUUCCGCUUCCUUGUGACCUGUUGGAGCUUCAUCAUAAUGGGCAUGAGUGACGCCGCCAUCGGCGCUCUGAUUCCAUAUAUUGAAACGUUCUAUGGUAUCACAUAUACCGUCGUUGCCCUACUUUUCCUGUCACCGUUCAUUGGCUACCUGGUGGCAGCCCUAUCCAACAACCUCAUACACCACAAAUUCGGCCAGCGAGGCGUUGCAGUGCUCGGCCCUAUCAGCCGCUUGAUCGGUUACAUCCCUCUCGUUACCCACCCGCCUUACCCUGUCCUCCCCGUCGUCUUGCUUUUCGCCGGCUUCGGAAACGGCCUCGAAGACAGCGCCUGGAACGCCUGGGUCGGCAAUAUGCAGAACGCCAACGAGCUCCUUGGAUUCCUUCAUGGUGCAUAUGGCCUGGGCGCGACCAUCGGCCCCCUAGUCGCCUCAGCCAUGGUGACCCGGGGCAGGACACUGCCGUGGUAUUCUUUUUACUACGUUAUGAUUGGCGUCACCGUGGUCAAUUUCGUCGCCGCCGUUACAGCAUUUGGGGGGGCUACCGGCAAGAUACAUAGGGACACUCAUCAGUCUUCGACGGGCGAGAAGAGAACGACGACGAAAACCGUGUUGCGUCAACCGCUCACUUGGCUUCUGGCUAUGUUUCUGUUGUGCUAUGUCGGAGCAGAAGUCAGCCUGGGUGGAUGGGUUGUUACCUUUAUGCUCCGUGUGAGGCAUGCCGAGCCCUUUCUGGCUGGCGUCACCGUAGUGCUGUUCUGGCUAGGACUUACGAUAGGCCGAGUCAUUUUGGGCUUCAUAACGGGGCGCGUAGGAGAGAAGCGCGCGAUCGCAAUCUACCUCGUCAUUUCACUAGCCCUCGAAUUGCUCUACUGGCUAGUUCCCAACUUCGUCGCCUCCAUUAUAUUCAUCACAUUCCUCGGCUUCUUCCUUGGCCCUCUCUUCCCCGCCGUAAUCGUCACCGCUACCAAACUGCUUCCCAACGACUAUCAUGUCGGCGUGAUUGGCUUUGCCGCUGCCUUUGGCGGCGGAGGUGCGGCUAUAUUCCCAUUCGCCAUCGGGGCCAUCGCCCAGAGCAAAGGUGUUCAGGUGCUACAGCCCAUCGUACUAGCCCUUCUCAUCUUUCUUUUACUACUAUGGCUUUGCGUCCCUGGAGGGUUCAAAAGAGGUGGGCUUGAGAGGGCGAGGGAGAAUAAGGAGGGUCUUGGUAGCGACGCCAAGAGGCUCCUUUCAUCCGUGAACCAACGGCUACGAAGUUGA